AAAACCUUCAUACAUCGAAAACGUUUGGGUUUAAUUUUAUUUCCCAAUUUCCUAAAUUUGAUACAAUCCCGUCAACCAAUAUGGUACAAUAACGAAACACCUCCCUCUCCUCAAAGUGUGCUGUAUAAUUCUGUUAUUCUGUUUUCUCAAAUAGAGUCUCUGCGAAACCGAAUCGAAAAGCGUCAACACAAUUCGUGCGAUUCCAGCGCGAUGAAUUGUGGGCACUCGUCGUGGUGCCCUGUCAUCCCAACAACUUCUUUCCUCGUUCUCCUCCUUCUCUCCCUCCUCGUUUCAUUCGCGAUCGCAUCCCAGUCGUAACGAGUCGCGGUCGCCGUACCCCCUCUCCCCCUCUCUCUUCCCCCCGUUUGGAAAGAUGGCUGCCCCGGCGGCAGCGCCGAGCUCCGGUCCAGAUCUAUGCCCGAGCUUCGCGGUGGUCUGCGGCUUCAUGGAGCGCUACGGACAGACCCUGGACCUGCCCGAGAUCUCCUUCCCGCAGAUGGAACGCUAUCUCCGGGAGACGUCGACAGUUCCCCAGCCCUUGGUCGAUCUUCAUGUUAAGCUCCUCAGAAAGCUGGGCAAGUCAGUCACAUCAGACCGCUGGGAGAAAUACUUGGCCAAGGUGUGCCAGGAGCUGAACAGCAGCUGGGCCUGGGAGCUGGAGCAGAACCGCUACAUGCAGAUGUCCAUGGAGAGCAAGUCUACCAUCCUCAAGUACCUUUGCGAGUGUCAGUUCGACGACAACCUGAAGUUCAAGGCGGUGGUGAACGACGAGGAGCCGGAGAAGAUGCGGCUGCAGCCGAUUGGGCGCGACUGGCAGGGCCUGCUGUACUGGCUGCAGCUGGACCCCGAGCAGAACAUCCGGCUGUACACCGAGGAGCAGGACGACCUGGACGGCUCCAGCUGGAGGUGCAUCGUCAGAAAUCGUACCGACCUAGCCGAGGCGUUAGACCUGCUGAAGUCCCAGAUAGACCCCAACCACAACAAGACCAAGACCGAGGAAGGUUCAGCCAGCGGCAAUCCAGAGGGAGAGGAGAAGACGGGGACAGGAGAAGAUGCAGAUCAUCUGAAGAAGGAAGGGGAUUCUGGGGACCAUCUAGCGAACACAAACCUGUCUGAACCUCCUAAAGCCACAGACGAGAAACCAAACGAAACCGCAGACUUGAAGACGGAGGAGCCUUUACAGCCAGCCGUGAAGCAAGAAGAGGCGGGGCUUGUCAAACAGGAAGCGGCGGGGCUCGUCAAACAGGAAGAGAUGGAGGUUGACCUGAAAGCGCAGCCGUCUGACCUCCCGGCAGACAGGAAGUCGCCGGCGUCAUGUCUCGUCAUCGACAACCGCGUGAGCACCAUCACCGCCAUCAUCAAACCCGAAAGCAGAGACCUGGAUGUCCCCAGCGUCACCCCUAGCAACGCUGUGUCCGUUGUCAUGGCGCCCGCGUCCGUCAUCACCAAACAGGAAGUGAACAGGGAGGAGGAGGCGGAGCGCGCCGUGGUGAGGAGCAGCCAGCAGGCCAAGAUACCACUGAAGAAGAGAGAGCUGAAGCUCGCCGAGGCUUUCCAAGACAACCGCAACCACCUGAACAACAACAACAAGGGCAGCAGCAUCAUCGUGUGUAACCCUUCCGUCAUCCAGAGCAAGGACGGCGUCCAGGCGGCCGAGGGGAAGCUGGCAAACUCUUUAGUGCCCCACGCCACCUCGGAGGAGAACGCCCCCCAGCCCGAACUGACCAACGGGAAGGCGGCGCUCCUCCCCGUCCCCCCGCCGCUGCCCCAUAAAGAGGGCGGGCAGAACGGGGUCAUCGGGGUCAUCGGUCAGGUGGGGGUCAUAGGCCACGUGGGGGUGAUCCGUAGCCCCAUGGAGCGGCCCCGCGGGCCAGGGGCGGAGCCGCAGGAGCGCAACGGGCCGGGGGAGGAGGGGGCGGAGGGCCGGAGGAGGCCGGAGGACGUGGGGCGGUGGGAGGAGGAGGAGGAGGAGAAGGAGAGGGAGGGGAACAGGCAGUCCGUGCUGGUGAGGAAGCGGUCCGUGGACGUCGAGGCGGAAGCGCACGCCGACGCGGAAGCGCCGCGAGCCCCUUCCCCGCCGCCACCCGCGACCCCCUCGCCACCGCUCCCCGUCGCAGGAGCCGUCCCGAGGGAGACGGGGGCGCAGGGGGAGGAGCCCCAGAAGACCCCUCCGACGGAGGGGGAGAGAGCGGCGAAGGAGGAGCAGGAAGCGGCCGAACCCGAGAAGGAGCCUCCGGUGAAAACGGCCGAGCCGGCCGACCCGGAACCCGAGGCCGCCGCGGCGCAGCCGGCGCCCGGCGGCGACGCGGCGGACGCCCAGGGGAGGGAGAGGCCGGCCGGGCCGGACACGCAGGCGAAGCCGGGGCCCCUGGAGGUGGCCUCCUCGGAGCUCCAGAAGGAGGGCAUCCGGCUGAAGAUCAAGAUCCCCCCCCACAAGAGGAGCAAGAAGAAAGGCAGGGAGGAGAAGGAGAGGGAGGCGGAGCACGAGGCCCUGGAGGAGGACGGGAGGUCCCUCCGGAGGUCGGCCAGGAUCUGCAGAUCCUCUGCUUUGCCGAUAUGCAGGCCCAGUUCUAAGGUCGCUGAAAGCCAGGACAAGAGCGGGCAGAAGACGGGGUCCAAGGACGGCGAAGAAGAGGAGGAGGAGGAGGAAGAAGAGCAGGAGGAAGAGGAGGGGCAGAAGCCUGCAGUGAAGAAAGACCAAAAAACAGACCCCAACUGGCUGGGCAGGAAACCCAAGGGUAAGCGCAGACAUCGGCGCCCCCGCUGGUCGACGCCGCGCUCCAAACGACGGAGACUGGCAGAGGAGGGGGAGGGGGGGGAGAGGGGGAAGGGCCAGAAGGGGGAGGAGAGUGAAGGGGGGCGGGACUCCGGGGACUCCAGCGAAUCGGAGGAGCUCCCCAUGGAAGACGCAUGCAGCCAAUGUGGGCUGCCCAACCACCCGGAACUGAUCCUCCUGUGCGACUCGUGUGACAAUGGUUACCACACAGCGUGUCUGAGGCCCCCUCUCAUGCUGAUCCCAGACGGAGAGUGGUUCUGCCCCCCCUGCCAACACAAGCUGCUAUGUGAGCGACUCGAGGAGCAGCUACUGAACCUGGACAGCAAUCUGAAGAAGAGAGAGAGAGCACUGAGGAGGAAGGAGAGGCUGGUCUACGUCGGGAUCAGUGUGGAAAACAUCAUCCCAGAGGGAGACGUGGAGCCGUCGGCAGAGAAAUCAGAGAAGAAGAAAGACUCCAAGAAGAGCAGCAAGAACCUGGGUCGGAGGUCAACCAGGACCAGGAAGUGUAUCAGCUACAGGUUCGAUGACUUUGACGAUGCCAUCGACGAGGCUAUCGAGGAGGACGUGGGAGACGUCUAUGGUGGGGCGGGGGCGGUGCGGGGGAAAGACAUCAACACCAUCCUAUCGGAUGAGGGGAAGCAGGCCGAGCAGCCAAUCAAAAGCCAGGCGCGCUUGGCCAGGAGCAGGAAGAGGCGGCGCCUCAACGACCUGGAGAGUGACAGCACGGCCGCCGAGAGCGAGGAGGAGUUCAUGCUCAGUAACAGCUCCGAGGAGGAGGAGUUUGCCGCCGAGGAGGACGAGGAGGGCGAGGACGACGAAGACGGGGGCAGCGACGCCGGGAGCGACGCCAGCGGCCGGCGGCCCAAGCGGGGGGCGCCGCGCACCACGGCCGGCCGGACGGCGAGGGGCCACAAGAGGAAGACCCAGAAGCACCGCGCCAAGAGGCCGCGCCGCCGGAGACCCCGCUCGUCUGAGGAGGAGGAGGGGGAGACGGAGGAGGAGAUGGACUCUGAUUGGUCCUCUGACAUGAGUGACAGCGAGGCGGACCGAAAGAGGAAGGGCUUGAGGCGCGGCCAGCGGCAGCAGGUCAACUACCGCGAGACAUCCGAGUCGUCGGACAACUCCGGGGCCUCGGCCAAUAAGAGCAAGGAGAACAAGCCCCGCCUCAAGCCGCGCCGGCAGAGACUCUCCAGCGACUACAGUGACUCAUCGGCGUCCUCCCGAGGGUCCGAUGAGGAGGACGACGCCGAAGGAGGAGGUGAGGAGAGAGGGGGCCCGCGGAGGCGUGGCGGAGGCAGGAAAAGGAGGCGAGGCGAGGAAGAGGAGCGGCCGAGGAAGAGCCGCCAGGGGUCGAAGAAGAGACGCGCCGACGCCGACGACGACGAAGAGGAUAGGAGGAGGCGGCUGAAGAGGAGGAGGCUCGCGGCGGCAGCUGAGGAGGAGGAGCGUGAGAGGAGGAAGAGGAGGAUGAAGAGGCGGAACCGAGAGGAGGAGGAGGAGGAGGUGGAGGAGGAGAAGAUGGGGAGGGGCAGGCGGAGGGAGAUUCUGUCCAAGAGGAGGCAGCAGCGCCUCGCUCAGAUGCUGAAGAAACGUCGGCCGUCCACCGACGACGACUCCGACCGAUCGGAGGACUCGCAGGAUUCUGAUUCGUCCUCCGAGGAGGACCGCCCCGUCCGCAAGAGGCUGAACCGCAUCGACUCGGACGACGACGAUGAAGAGGAGGACGACGACGACCGUGGAGACGAGGAAGAGAAGGAGGGGGACAAGGAGUCGAAGGACAAGAAGCCCUCGGAGAGAGAGUCUCGUGUCGCCGGGGGCGACGGUGAGCGUGGCGACGAGGAUGACGCCGCCGAUGAGGAAGACGGCGCACAGGAAAAGCCGCGCAGCCGCAGCUUGUCACCGACGGACAAACUCAGUACCUCCAGAGGCCUGGCGAAGCCUGGGCCCGGCAGUCCGACCUCACCCAGGGACAGUGCGGGGUCGGACAAGCUCAGCAGGCACAAUGGCCCCUUACCUCCGGAGAAGGUGAAGGAGGAGGACGGCCAGACAGACUUGUCAAACUUUGUCCCGAACAGUCCGGCGUCGUGAUGGUUGUGCUCGCGUUGAAUACUGCGUCUUGUUUUUAUUCUCUGUAACUGUCCUCAUGCCUAUCACCGACUACAUCCUUUUAAUACUGGAUCACACAGAAACACACGUACACACUCUCUUGGAGACUCGUGUGUACCAUUCAGACGUGAGAUGCUGUUUUUAUCCGACACGUGCCCCUCACUUUCUCAUUCUCCCUCAUCUCUCUUUCUCUAUCCUUCUGUCUUUCUCUCAUUUCAAUCUCUGUCCCCACUCUCUCUCUCUCUCUUCCCUCCGUCUCUCUCUCUCUUCCCUCCGUCUCUCUCUCUCUUCCCUCCGUCUCUCUCCCUCUACCUCGCUCUCCAGUAGAGUGCGGUUCACUCACAUGAUCGUAAAAUAACUGACACAACGUACUCUGACAAGCGUGUCGAUCUGGAAAACGGAAGAAAAGUGGUUGAAGUCCAGAACGACACACAACGCAUACACACCACAAACAACCAUGCACAAUACACACACGCGCACACACAAGCAACAGAAACACAGAGCCAAACCAACAGCCAGUGUCUUUAUGUCUCCUGUAUAUUUAUCUCAGCGUCGGCCCCAAGAACCGAAUGCCCACAAAGAGUUAAUGGUUCGAUCCCUGACUCCUACAGGUGUGAGGAGAAUACUAAAGAGGCAGCCCAACGUUCAACACACACUGCUGUAAAGCCCCCAACUAAAGGCUAAACAUUUCAGACACAUCUGGCUAGUAGCCGCUGAAUGGCCGAGUCCUGUUGGUUUAGAAGAGUGUGCGAGGGAGAGAGGGGGGGGGGGGGGGGUUGGGGGGGUUUGAAUGUCUACCAGUUGGCUACAUUCCAAAACCCGAGUACAUUGGUAAAUAGUGUCUCAGCCUCCUUACCUUAAUGAGAGUGUAACAUGGCCUCUAGGUGUCGCUGUUGUUCCUUUGUAUCCCAUGAUGCCGCCUUCUGCAGGUUAGACCAACAGUUGUUUGGGUUAUUCUUUGUUUUUAUGAUUUCAAAUACUCUAAUCUAACACUAAUGACUCCAGUUUUUUUUUUUUAUUAUUAUUAGUUGUAUACUCCUGACAAUAACACACAUUAAUACAAAACUUGAUAUUUGAAGUGAGAAAUCGCCAUUUUUUUGUGGGUAAACACGAAUGAACAACUCCUACAUCCUGGGGCCAUCAGAGUGAAGACUGGGGUCAAACAAUCUGUGGAAGAUCAAUGUGAUUGUGGGGACAACGUAGGUCUGGUAGGAUCAGGCCACCCACAUCGUCCAGGGCCUCCAUAACCCUGUAUAUUCUUACCGGGACCGUGGUCGGUCCUCGUGUAAGCCUGUACAUACUUAUGGUCAGUCGCAUUAGCCUGUAUAUAUUUGGUCUGUGUGUCUGAGAGCCCUAGUUUGGACCCCAUGAGGCGUAUCUGUCCCUGGGCCCUGUGUCCCCAUAAGCUUGUACAAACUUGGCAUGUGUGUCCCAAGGCCCUUGGUCGGUCCCCAUAAGGUUGUGUCGGUCCCCAUAAGCCUGUACAUACUUGGCCUGUAUGAUGUUUCUUGUACCAUAUUAGAUGUUUCUGUUUCUUGUAAGAUAUAGUGUUCUAUUUUCUAUAUGAAGGUGAGGAGGUUGGAUGAUGCUGUGAUGUUUGGGUUAAAAGAGGGGUGGGAGGGGGGGGGGGGGGUCACUCGCUGUUCCACCCACCACUUCCGUCGUUUAUUAUGUUUCGUUUUUUUUUUGUUUGCUAUGAGCGCCAGUGGCUUCUGGACGGCGCAACGUGUGUCUAAAAUAUAAUGAACGGUGCCCAUUCUUCAUCCUCUUCUUUCGACGGUGACGACGGAUUAACAGAAAGAAAAAGUUACAAACUUUUUUGAUUUAAAAAUAAUAACAUGGUAGCUUGUGUAAUCUGAGGCUUCCUCGAACAGCGUGGACUCGAGGUUCGAUUUUCUGAUUGUUUUUUUUCACUUGGAAAAUGUUCCUGUGUAAUUCAUAAAACAACAUGCCUUUAUCUUGAUUUAUUCAAUUAUGAUUAUUUUAUGAUUUGGUCCUCCCAGAGUGAAACAAAGAUCUGUUUCUGAAUUACACUAAAAUUAUGUCCUUAUCUAUUCCUACAUAAUUUGGAUCUUUUACUUUUAGACUCGAGAUGAAGCAUUUCACACACACCGCAGAAAUUAUGCUUCAGAAACACAUGUGUAGGCUAUAGAUUAUGAGUGUGGACAAUGUUAAAUUGCAGGUGUAACAUUCUUUAAAGUUCAGGCCCUGGGGUUAUUUCAUAAAGAAUGAAUUCUUGCCUUUCAGUUUUAAAAUGGAAGUCUAUAGCCAGAAUGGCAAAGUGAUUUGCUGUUUGAUAAAUGAGUGUCCAAGUUGAAAUCCUCUAGUAUAGAUUAUUUUACAAUUACUACUUUAAAGAGGGGCAUUUAUUCAAAACCUUGGCAUUAUAUCCAGUCUUCUUAACAUUUGUAUGGCAUUAUAUACAGUCAUGUGUUAUGCUGAGUUUUACAGGACACAACACAAAUAUGUACCAGCGCCCUGGUUUUGGUAACAAGGUCUAUUUGCAUUUCAUGUAAUUCUAGUGAAUCAUAACAUCAUACAAACGGGAGUUAGUCUGAUUUGUUAGGUUCUAUAAUUCAGUAUUGAGUCCUCAUCUCAGUGGAUAGGAAACAGGGACCUUAUUCUGUGGUCCUGAGUGAAAUCGUACAUUUUGGAUCACAUUUGAACCAGAUUAUGAGCCCAUGAGGGGACUUGGAUGAGGAAUGGGCACAGCUGGGUGUGAAUGCAUCUGUCUUUGUUUUCCAUGUUGUACUGUACCGUGUGUAGUAUGGCUGUAACAUAGAUGUUUUCUAAGUUAUUAAAAACCAACAUCCCUGGCAUCUCCUCUAAA